AAUACAAUGUUCCCCUGGCGGUCGACAUCACAAGAGGAGCUGCGAGCUCAUCACGAGGCUGCAGCACGUGACUGGCAGACGUUCCUCCUCCACAGAGCAGCAGAACUCAAACAAGGCGGACUUCUUUUCGUGACGCAGUGCGCUACCAACAUGUGGAAUAACAUCUUACUGUCUGGAAACACAAACAUUUCUGUAACGGACACCACGAGCUCUCCAGAGGAACACGCUAAGGACGUGUGGACUUACUUUGAUUUGGCGUGGAUACAACUGUAUGCCGAGGGCAUAAUAACAACAGAGGAGUUCCAGUCGUGCACUAUUCCGAUGACAUUCCGGACUUUACAGGAACUAAAAGCUCCUUUCGAGGAUGCCGCCAUGUCUCCAGUCCGACAGGCUGGUCUCAACUUGUUAAAGGAACCAGAGGGCGUGUUCACUCCUUGUAUUAUCAAAACAGUGUGGAGGCAAAAACUACAGAUGGACGGUGUUGAAGAUAGAAAGCUGUUUGCUCUUCUUCUCGUGAAACCAUUGCGACUGAUCCUAGAUGGAACUUUGAGAAAUACUUUGAGGAAAACACGGACUGCAGAGGAACAAUCGUUCAUAUUAGAACAAUUCUACGAAUGUUUUGUUAAGAAAGUGGCCUUGAUGAACCCAAAGACUUUCCAAAGUGAAUUGUUUUUAAGGAGGCUUGUCGCACAGAAAUCAAAAUGAACAAACGGCCACCAAUCAGCUUCGUCAGCUCCACAUUGCGGAAGUCUGGAACUGGGGAACUGGUGUAUUUCCAGACCUGGGGGAGCGGAUGGGAGGAUAGAAUAACGGGCUGGUGCUGCUGAGGUCGGGGGGAGGACCGUUAUCAAGUUCUCGCCUUCCCCUCACAUGGCGCACGUGCUCUCGGAAUGUCAUUGGAGGCCAACUCUUCAUGGCGCAACCAUGGUCAGAAACAAGGCCAAGGAAUCUUGAACUAAUGGCUGAAAGUUUUAAUAGUUUUCUCAGACAUUAAAGACACCCACUUUGAAAUCAGUUUUUAAAAGUCCAUUUUGUCUUGUUUUUUAUUUUUUUGUUUUGGUUGUUUUGGCCGAGCAAAUGAUGCCUGUCAUGUAGUGAUGUUGGUCUUCCGGUGUGCGCACUCACCCUUUUUCUUUAUUUUCACUGUCGACAUUGAGCUAUUGAGUAAUCAUCUGGAUAAUUACCAUCGAUUUGUAAGAACAUUAUUUUGAACAAAAGUUGUGUUGCCAUCAUUGUCUUAGUGCUGACUGGUGAGAUUGUAGUUGAUUAGUGUGCGGGUGCACUCCAUGUUUGAUUA